UGCAAAACCCGACAGGCAGUUCGCGUACGUGCUGUAUAGGGCGUUUGUACGAAGGAGUUGCCUUUGUUUACACGGACAAUUUUACUUACUUUAUGAUGAGCUGGGACUUGCAGCUUAACUCCAUACUCAGUGCUACUGACAGCAAUGUGGAAAAAAUAAGGCAAAGACUGAAUACUUCAAGAAGUGUAUCAAAAGGAUUCAUGCUUGACAAAAUGGGCAUUAAGGAGUUUCGACUGAGCGAACCAGAAGUGUCAUCACCAAAGCCAUCCUUCCUGUACAUGGACAUUCAAAGCCAAAAGUCAUCUGUAGAAAGCCGCUCACUUCCAAACAGUUCCCUAGAGAUGCAGACGAAGGUUAUUGAAUCUCUCAGUCAGGCUGUGCAAAGACUUGAAAAAGAAAAGGAACAGCAACAGCACAGGAUCAGAAAACUGGAGGGCAUGAAGUUGAGGAGCUGAGGAGGCAGCUGAAAAUUCAUCUUGAAGACAAGCAGUACAGUAAACCUGUAAAAGGGGGAAAGCCUGGCAAAGUAAAGAAGCACAAGACAAGAGACCCACCACAGUUCCUUCCAGAAAAUGAAGACUCCGCUUCAGUUCUCAGCCUGGGGGAUAUCCACUCAGAUGACAGCUCCCUUCUUACAGUCCUAGAUUUAGAACCAAAGUCUAGAUCAAGCAAAUUAAAGAAACAUAAGACAAAAAACCUACCACAGUUCAUCGCAGAAAAUGAAGAUUCAUCUUCAGUUCUCAGUCUGGGAGAUAUCAGCUCAGAUGACAGCUCUUUUCUUACAGUCCUAGAUUUAGAACCAAAUCCUACAGCAAACUUGAAGAGGAGAGCAAGAUCGACUCUGCUUCUAGAGAAAAGUGAAAAUGGCCAAGUAGGCUGUAUACAAAAAGAAGAUGAUGAAUAUGCUGUCAGUAGUGAUCUGGAUGGGCUUUCUGACAGCCCUGAACUCACUUUCAGUGAUCUCUGAUGUUUUAGAGGACUGUGCAUCAGUAAAAUUUGUGAAAAGGACAUGUUAGCAGCUGUGCCAACUGGAGAAAUUUCCCAUCACUCAUGCCAUUUCCACCAGGUGUAUAUAGUGAUGCAUGAUUGACUGCAUGCUGUCCAGAAAACCAGGACCACUCCAUAAGGAAAUCAUGUGGAAGAUCAUCAGGCUUUAUGAGAUUGUCUUGCGGGGUGCUUUUUAUAUUGUGAAAUUUAUGGCCUACUGUGCCAGGUUUGAGCUGUGGAGCUUAACAUUUGCCAAUUAUUUUUUAGUCUUCCUGUAAUGUUUAAUAAAUGCGCAAACACAGAA